GCACUGUGUCCCUUGGACACAGCGGAUCACGGAAAGAGCCGAAGAUGUCGGCUCGGUCAUGUGAUCCGCUGUGUCCAAUCACAGCUGAUCACUGAUCAUCAGGGCACUGAUGAUCAAUGUGCCCUGAUGAUCAGUGUGGCCCCAGAAGUGCCACCUGUCAGUGUCAAUCAGUGCCAGCAGUCAGUGCUCAUCAGUGCCACGUGCCAGUGCCCAUCAGUGCCACAUAUCAGUGUAUACCAGUGCACAUCAAUGCCACAUAUCAGUGCCUAUCUGAGCUGCCUUUCAGUGCCACGUGCCAGUGCCCAUCAGUGUCACAUAUCAGUGCAUACCAGUGCCAGUCAGUGCCACCUAUCAAUGCCAAUCCGUGCCACCUAUCAGUGCUGCCAAUCAGUG